GAAAACAAAACACGACAGAGCAAAAGAGUGGCGCGAGCGCUGCUGUAUUUCAUUGUUUUUUUUAUUUAAACUCAAGGCCGUAAUUGAAUUCUUCAGGUGAUACUGAAAAUAUAACAAUAUUUUUAGAGCUUUUAGCUUUUUAACUGCAGAAGAUCAGUAGUGUGCUGGGUGUGACAGUGCAAAGUUGGUAUUGCACUACCUACUCGCCACCGAGGAUGAACCGGUCUCGGCGGUACGAGCCGCUCGAUGACGCCUCGCAGGUGGUGGCCGAUGAGCCGCCCGGCGCCGCCGCCUCAGCAGCCCUCGUGCAGGACGUGGCCGUAUCGGUCAACUAUGAGCCGGAGGACGAGGAGCCGGCGGGAAAGGGGUGCCGUCCGCGCAGCAGCUCCGUGCGUCGGCCCGACCCCAUCAUCCACGAGAAGCAGCUCAAAGCCGGACACUACAUCAAUGCAGAGUAUGAGAGCCUGGAUUACGAGGUGGUACACAGUGAUAUGAACAUCCGCCAUCAGCUGAUCGUCUCGUCUUACGGCACCGUCUCCACCUGGUUCAGCCGCACGCUGGCCUGCGCCAUCAUCGGUGUUCUGACCUCCUUCUGUGCGGUGGCGCUCAGCUUGGCGAUCGACCACACCGCGGAGGGCAAGUUCGGAGUCAUCCGGAGCUACAUGCUGGACUGCACUGGCUGGCGCUGUCUGGCCGUCCCUUUCAUCAUUUGGCUGGCGUUCAACCUCGCCUUUGCCGUCAUCGCCUUCCUUAUGGUCUACAUCGAGCCGGUGUCGAUCGGCAGCGGCAUUCCGCAAGUCAAGUGCUACCUGAACGGCGUCAAGAUACCGCGCUGUGUCCGGCUGCGCACGCUCGUGGCCAAGCUGAUCGGCGUCUACGCCUCCGUGAUGGCCGGACUGCCGGUCGGAAAGGAAGGGCCUAUGAUCCACUCUGGCGCCGUCAUCGCUGCCGGCUUCUCUCAGGGAAAGUCGUCCUCGCUCAAAUUCACAUCGCCGUUCUUCAAGAAUUUCCGAGAGGACCAUGAGAAGCGUGACUUUGUGGCGUGCGGCACCGCGGCGGGAGUGUGCGCCGCAUUCGGCUCCCCGGGAGGCGGCGUCAUGUUCGCGAUCGAGGAGGGCGCCAGCUCUCUGCACCAGGACCUGCUCUGGCGGUUCCUAUUCACCUCGUUCCUGGCCUUCAUGGUGCUCAAGGAGGCGCUGACCUACAUUUACGGCCAGCCAGGUCACCUGCUGUUCACGGGCCUGCUGGAUUUCGGCUCGUUCGGCCAGGCGCGCGUCACCUCUUUGGGCUACGAGGGGCUGGCGUACGGGCUGCUGGCCGCCUUCCUCGGCCUGCUCGGAGCGCUCUUCGUGGCGCUCAACGUGCGCAUCAGCCUGAUGAGACGCAGGUACCUGACGUCCUGGCCGCUGCGCUGCUCCGAGGUGCUGCUCGUAUCGGCAGCUAUGGUGCUGAUGGCACUGCAUAUCAUCAUGGUGUCAGGCGACGCCAACAUGUACGGCAGCAGCAUCAACACCUACAUACGCAGGUGUAAGAUGACUCCUGACGUGCUGGCUAUGACGGACAUGCUGCUCCAAACCCCAGAGGCCGGUCUUCGCUCCCUGCUACACGCCGAGUCUGGGACGUUCCCGCUGGUGCCGGUCGGCAUGCUGGCCGUCUACUACUACGUGAUGACACUGUGGACGUACGCCCUGCCAGUUCCCAGUGGUGUGUUCAUACCUUCGCUGGUCACCGGCGCCGCCUUCGGACGCUUCUUCGCCGUCCUGCUCAUCGCGUACCUACCUGAACAGGACUGGGUGGACCCGGGCAAGUUCGCGCUGUUCGGCGCGGCCGCCAUGCUCGGCGGCGUGGUCCGGAUGGCCAUCUCUCUCACCUUUAUCAUCGUCGAGGCGGCUGGCGUCAUCAGCUUCGGGCCGCUGCUCAUGUUCGUCUUCAUCAUCUCCAAAUACGUGGCUGACUGUUUCAACGAGAGUUUGUACGACGCACACAUAGAGCUGGACGGCAUUCCUCUGCUCAGCUGGCGUCCGCCGCCCCAAAGUGAACACGUCUCCAUCACAAAGGUGAUGUCUGCGCCGGUGCGCGUGGUGCACCCGCAGAUGACUGCCGGUGACGUGUACGACCUGCUCGACAGCUGCACUCACAACGGCUUCCCGGUGGUCGACCCGCCGAAACCGGGCAAGCCGUCUGUGGCCGUCCGUCCUCCGGUGGAGCCGUGCCAGUCGGACUGUUCGGACGACGAGGCGCGAGUGUCGCCGGCCCGGGCGGCGGAGACGGCCGGCCGCGGCCCGCUGCCGCACUACGGGCGCUACCGCGGCCUCCUGCUGCGCUCCCAGCUCGUCGAGCUGCUCAAGUAUAAGGUGUACGACGGCAAGACGGUGCUGUACAACGACGACUAUCCGCGCUACCCGUCACACAAGGAGGUGCACCUGUCGGAGGGCGAGCGGCACAUGAGGAUGAGCCUGCUGCCCUACAUGAACCCCGGCUGUAUGGUCAUCAUGGAGUCGGCCAACCUGCCGCGCGUCUACGCCGUCUUCAGGGCGCUGCUGCUGCGGCACGUGCCGGUCGUCAACCACUACAACCAGGUGAUCGGUAUUGUGACCCGUAAGGACCUGGCCCGGUACCGCGCCGGCGGCCCUAUCUGGCGGCGCAGCGUGCACCGUGUGCCCGUAUGGCGGCCGCCGCCGCCGCCGGCCGUGGCCGCCCUGCUGCCGCUGCGGGGCGUCUGCCGGCACACCGUGGCGCGCCGCCUGGAGGCCCGCGCCGAGCUGAGGAGGGAGAGGGAGGGGGAGGCGGGCCCCGCGCCGCCCCCGGAACCCACCUUCCACCGGCGGUCACCAGCGGCCGCCGGAGACGGUACUGAGAGAGAGCCAAUAGUGGUCUGAGACCGGAGACCGUAGCAGACCACCACCGUGGGGCCGGGAGAAGGUAUGUGGCUAACGGCGCGAGUGUCGCGAGGCAUAGAGAAGAGAGGGGAGAAGUGGAUGGGAGGACGAGCGAAAAGGUUGGUACGCGGCUGAGAGGACACUCGUGAGUGUAGUGGCCGAGAGAAGCUGAGGUAGCGGCGUGUAGAGAAGAUAUCCGAGAGAAGAGAGAGUGAUUAGAGUCUGAGAUGACGAGAGAAGUGGUGAUUGUGGAUGUCAGAGAGGCCCAGAGAUUUGAGCGCUGCCGCUGGCUGGAAGGGCGAGACCAGAGCAGUGUAGCGUCCAUCUCACCUGCUGGUGGGCUCUCCUGCAUUCACACUUGAGGUUCUGCUGUGACCGGAUGACGCAUCUAUGGUGUGUUGACGCCUGUUUUGCAUCCGAUGACGGUGUGCCGAGUGCGGCCGUAGCGCACAGAGUGACUGGGCACAUGAUGAGGUGAAUGACUGCCAUCUCACAGCCGCGGUGCACUGUGCCUUACCAGGCUGUUACCAAAGCGGGCCAGCGUCCGCCGUCUUUCCCAGCCGCCGUCUGCUGUCGGACUCUGCGGUAAUGUGCUGGUCUAGUGGUCAAAGCGGGUGCAGCGACUGGCUAGGGCGACAGCAGACGUGUAUGAUAUAGCUGGACAGUAGUUAGCGAUGAGCGUGCGUACGGUUUGCUUAGCCGAUGUAAUGCGCUGUAAGUUCCUAUCGAAACUUCCCAACCGUAGCUUUACGGAAGUCGCCGUGUCGCGCCGUGUACUGAAUCCAACAUGACGUGUCUGGAAACUUCGGUCACCAUCGCUGCUACUGGGGCCUGCUGAGACUGGCACUUGUAUCUCCUUUGGCCGGUCCUCAGGUCAGGGAUGUAGGACAUAUCGGGUAGGCAUAAGUGUCGGGUCUUUUCCACGCUUUUUCCAAUGCCACUUAUUUGACCGUCAGUAGAUAUCCUUUAGAUUGCAGCGUACCAUACCGACCUACUGAGCUACACACCAGCGUGUUCAUACUUCAUGAUACGAGUAUAUUUGUCUCUCUAACCGCGCGAGCUUGUACCGUGUGUUUUAGUGUAGCUAUAUUCAGUAUUACAAAUCUCAGUUGCCAUUAUUCACAGCUCAAUCCAGGGUCCAAUGUAAAGUCAUCAGCGCAGACGAUGGACGCAGAUUUAUAUUUAUCGCUGUUCCUACUAAUAUCUACACAAAAGACUAGAUUUGCUCAUCAAAAUGCAUGUUCAUUGAUAUCUUAUGUAGACACGUACAUUUAGCAUUGUAACAUUGAUCUGUAUCAUUUUGUGCGCAUGUAUCCGGUAAUUGUUCGCCAUAUUUAUCAUAUUUAUCCCAGACAUAUGCCGCUUGCGAUAUGCGUAUAGUCCAUUGCUAGUUUUAGCGUGUCCUGUGGGACCAAUUUUAUCGGACUGUCCCCGUAAUUUGCCCGUUCCCUCGCUCCUCUCUAUCCUCCCGUCACUCAAUCGUUACCAUGACAACUACAACAACAUUGCAGGCCUUUCCGUCAUACCUGCUUUGUUUGAUUCCUAGCUUCGACCUCACGUACACGAAAAGCUUCUCCGUUUUAUUUUACAUCGCUUAAUGUCGCUCAACAUGUAAAAGAUACAAAACAGCUGACUUUUUCAUAAUACUUCUGCAGGUCUUCCGUCGCAUUGCUCUUGUCCUUAGUUACCUACUUUACUUUUUCGGCUCACUCAUUUAUGAUUUUCAUCCUUAUGCUGACUCCUCCACUUGCUGAAUUGCUAUGAGAUGUGUACUUUUAAAGACGUUUGGUCGCUACCAGGCGUGUUUAGCCAUUUGGUCGCAACUGAGCUGUAUUUUAAGGGCAUCUGAUUUGUUGGUGCUAGUUUCAGGACUGUAUUUUGUACCCGAUACAGGACGAUGCAUGUCUUUCCAUGUAAUAAACCCAUGUUCGCACUGA